AAGAUAGUUUAUCAAAAAAAAAAAAACUUAAGGAACUUCUCGCCUGCUCAAACCGCCACGGGACCCUAGAAACCUCCACACUCGACUCUCCGGAAAUCUACGCCGCUCGGCAUCAGCAUAACCCUAAAACAGCGGUGACCUUCCAGUCAACGGCUUUUCCAUGGAUAAGGUAGUCGUCUCCGAAGCCGCGCCUUCCAAUUCCUUCUCCGAGGCGAGGCUAAUUUGCCGCGUUUGCCAGAAGCAAUUCUCUCGGUAUACCUGUCCUCGAUGUAACACUCGGUACUGCUCUCUUGAAUGCUACAAGCGGCAUAGUCUUCGUUGCACAGAAUCUUUCAUGCGGGAGAAUGUUAUGGAGGAGCUGCACCAAAUACAGUCCAAUGAUGCAACAAAAAGAAAAAUGCUGGAAAUACUAAGAAGAGUCCACUCAGAGGAUGAUAUGGAUUCUGAUGGUGAAGAUGGUUCCAUGCUAUCAGAGGAAACAACUCAAAAAAUUUUAUCAGGUGAUGAACUCAGACUCGAAGAUCUAUCCCCUGGCGAAAUCAAGAAAUUUCAGAGAGCAGUAGCCACUGGUGAACUGAGCAAAUUGAUAGAACCAUGGGAUCCAUGGUGGAGGAAGUCUUCCGCAGCAUCAAUCUCUCUUGGCCCUAGUGGAAACCAGCUUGUCAAACCACUUGAUGUAGAACACUCUUUUAGCACAUCAGAGUCGAGCAUCAGCGAGGUACCCGCUGGGCCUGAAAAUCCUCUACCACCACUCCAGCAAUUGAGCCGCGCAGAGCCAUCUCCUCUUCUAUCAGUUCAUUUGAUUGAUGUUAUUUACAGUUACUGCUUCACCCUCCGAAUCUACAACGGUGAUUGGCACUUCGACGCUUUAGGUGCAGCCAUGGUGUUACUAACCUUAUCAUCAGUGCUUGGCGGUGACAGCCGCCCCGAAACUGUUUCUGAAGCAUUGGCCGCUUGCAUAGAGCAGACCUGCUCGCCAGCUUUCAGACACGCAGGAGGCUUCAAAUUCGGAUUGAUUCUCGUUGAUGAUGCGAUCGAUCUCCUCUCUCUGGGUGCAAAUGCUAUCAUUUGUUUACUGUGCGAUCUUCGUCGGCUUAUUCAGGCCGGAGAAGAAAUGCUCAGAUCUGAAAACAUGGACAAGGCCAAGAGAUCCGAGGGUCGACGGAAGCUUAAGGGAGUGGAUAGGAAGAUUUAUUUCCUGAUGUGUUGGGUUCAUGAGCAAUCUGAAGAGGUUUGGUCAUCGUUAGCUGGUAUUGUGGAGGUUGAGAAAGCUUCCCUCUCUGCAUUGGAGCUCGACAGAGGCAUUUGUAACAUGGGAGAGGGAAAAGGCGCCUCUAAGGCCAAAGUUCUUGUUGAGGAGGUUUAAGUUUUUUUUGGGACGUUUUCUUAUUGCUUUCUUAAAUAAUUUUUUAGUAUCAAUUUUUUUUUUAAUUUGAAUUUUUUUCUACUAAAAAGCUGUUUUAGAAAGCAAUACGAAAGUUAUUCCAAACAAAGCCUAAGGUAGGAAAAACAUUAGUUUUAGGAUGCCUAAAAUUGAUUAUAUUUACCUUGAGAUAGUGAUAUAAAAUAAGGAUAUUGAA